AUUGGGAAUUAUACGGAUUCUUUUCCUCGUUGGAGUCCAGUUCUGCGAGAGGUGAACUGCAGGUUUACACUGGAAGAAAUCCUAAUUCCUACAAAUCAACUUUCGAGGAAGAAAUUAGAAAUGAAAUUCGUCAUGGAGUUUGCUGAGAAUUUGGUAGUAAGACUAAUGGAGGAUCCAAAAGAGAGGGAUCGCAAAUUCCGAGAGCACCUGUAUGCGGUCAAGGAUCGGUGCCAAAAGACGAAGGAGAUGUGGAGCUAUCCACUUCGUCCUUACGGAUUUUGGACGUUUGAGCGCCACAAUUCUCAGCUGCAGUGGGAUGCACAAAUUAGCCAGGCUCCUGGUAGAAGAGACCCUUAUGAUGAUAUGCUUCAGGAUAUCAACAAUAACUCCAAGUGAUUUUUGAAGAAUUCUUGGCAGAGCUCUGAAAUUGGUGGAAGAAACUGGGAAGGUUUGCAACUGUUUGAACGUUCAUUUGUUUCUGUUUAAUUUCAUGUGCUGUUGGAGCACCUUGUGGGUUUGUAUUGUCAAACACAGAUUUUGGUGCUGGAAUAAACGUGCUUUUCAUCUCAUAAGAUAUACUAACUAAGUUGGUGACUCUGCAA